CACACCACGAGUGGAGAGUCAGUGGUUUGGACUUCAGUCGUCCCAAAACUACUAACACUUGUAAGCCCUGAGCCCUGAGGGCAUCGUUUUGCUUGAAAAACACAUCCAAAUAAUAGCUUACGUAUAGCUAUGCCAUAGUAUGCCAUACUAUGCCCUACCAGUGCUCCGCUAUAUUGAGCGCCUCUUAGACUAUGUAUUAGUGAGUGCUUUGAGUCAAUAAAAUGGCAAACAUUGACAUCACUGGCGUCUAAAAGAUCACUCAUUUCUGUACAAAAACAUUGCAUCCAAUUGUCCGAAAUGUCCGAAUCAUAUGACUGACCAUUACAUGCGGUCAAUGUGUAUGUGAUUGAUGCGACCAUUUCACUCGUGACUACUCACUGACCACUCAAGAGGUGUGUCCAGAAAUGUGUUAGUGUUUGUGUCAUUUGUUUGGUGUUGUGUCCACUCGUGUCUCGAGACCAGUGGACAAAAGUCUCGCUAUUAAAGGACUUUACAAUAGUGUUUGUCAAUGCAAUGGCCACCGAUGUGAAUGACAUUAUAAAACAGGGAUAUCUUCGCGUCAAAAGUAAAUCAAUAAAUGUUUGGCAAAAGAGAUGGCUUGUGUUAAGACGGGCCUCGAGUAAGGGUCCGAUUCGGUUGGAUAAGUAUUUGGAUGAAAAAAGUGCUCGAAGUGGUGGUCACCACAAGACAUGUUUGCUCACAAAUGUACAGUCAAUCUCACGACUGACUAAUACGUGCCGAAAACAUGGCUUUGCCAUCAACUUUCACGACGGCAAUCAAAAAUGGUUUGCAUGUGAUUCAGACUUGGAAGCAGACACAUGGGUUAAACUAUCAAUACAAGAGUGCCUUUUAUUGCCACCAGGACUGGCCACUGGAGAGCCCGAUGUAUUAAGGCCUGGUAUACAAAAAGAACUUCAGGAACAGUUUCACGUCUAUUUGAUGCCAACCUCUAAGUUAGAUGUUUUUGGUGAGUGUUUAUUGCAAGUGACACACGAGAACAUCUACUUGUGGGACAUCACUAAUUCAAAGCUCAAAUUAGUUGCCUGGCCUUUGACGGCACUCCGUAGAUACGGUUCCGAUUUAACAAAGUUUACGUUUGAAGCGGGCAGACAUUGUCCUACGGGUGAAGGAAUGUUUGUUUUCCAUACACUGGAGGGCGAAAAGAUUUACCGAAAGGUACAUCAGGCGACACUUGCCAUCGCCGAAGCACAUCAUAAAAUGAAAAAACUUCCAUCAAUUGGCACCAAUGAAGUGCCACAAACUGAAAGCAGAUUACGAUUUACAGCAAAUUUAGUUUAAUUUAUAUAAUAAAUGUCAUCAUUUCAACCAAAAUGCUUCUCAUAAUAUCAUCCAAUAGUUUCAUAAACUCA